AUGAAGCCGCUGAUUGCAGAGCCUGCCCAGCAGGGAGAGCUUGUACUCAGGCUGGCUUACCCCAGCCUGAUGCGGAGUGCUUACCAGGGAACAGUUGGCAAUGACUUCAACCUCUUUGAUAAGUCGCAGUGUGAAACGUGCCCCGCUGGAUUUGUCUGCGUGAGAGGAACAGGAGGGAAGCAGAAGCCUCCCACUCCAUGCCCCGUUGGUCACUACUGCCCACCAGGCACAAAGCACCCGAUGCAGCACAAGUGUGCCCCAGGCACCUGGAGCAAUAGGACAAGCCUGACCUCGGAAGCGGAGUGCUUACCGUGCCCUGCAGGCUGGUUUUGUGUAGGAGGAGCCCAUAUUCCUACUGGGAUGUGCAGCUCAGGGCACUACUGCCCUCAAGGUACGUGGAGGGGCACGCAGUACCCCUGCCCUGCAGGAACGUACAGUACCAGGCUGGGAAAUGGCAGAGUGGAAGAUUGCAGUGUUUGCCCUGCAGGAGCUUUCUGCACCAGUGGGACCUCCAAGCCAGUUCUAUGCCCAGUAGGAACCUAUAGCAUGGAACAUGGUGCAAAAGUGGCAACAGACUGCAUCCUAUGUCCUGGAGGGUAUUACUGCCCUGAGCUUGGCACUGUUACUCCUCGCACAUGUGGUGCCGGCAACUUCUCGGACCAAGGUUCAGUCUCCUGCUUGCCAUGUCUUGUUGGACAUUACUGUGCUAGUGAGCACACCAGCCGGGAGGUGAUGCUCCUUGCUAUGAUUUGCCCAGGGGGUCUCCUGUGCCCAGAAGGACAAGCAGUUGUUCCAGAUGCCAGUGCAAAUGCCUGCCCAAGAGGAUACUACUGUCCCCGGGGAGAUACUGGCUUGCAUGCUAUGUCUUGCCCCAAUGGGACCUAUGGUGAGCAGAGGGGUCUAAGCAGCGCUGAUGAAUGCUUGCCCUGCCCUGCAGGGAAGUACUGCUACAGAGAUGGGAUUGAGCCUCCAGGAAUUUUCCACCCUACAGGGGAUUGCCCACCUGGCUAUAACUGCCCUCCGGGGACUGGAUUCCCUUUCUCCUUCCCCUGUAUGCCAGGCUUCUUCUGGGAUAAUUCCAGCAUAGAGGGUGAAGACACUUGCAAACCAUGUCUACCUGGGUACUACUGUGACUCUCCUGCCAUGUCAGAGCCCAAAACUUGCCCACCAGGCUUUUACUGUGUCGAAGGCAGCUCUAAACCUGAACCCUGCCCCGAGGGUACAUACAGUAACAAGAAGGGGCUGUCCAGACCCUCGGAGUGCAGCCCUUGUGGCCAUGGUUUCUAUUGUGCUGCUCCAGGACAGACUGGGCCCAGUGGUCCCUGUAAGGCUGGAUUCUACUGCCAGGGCAGGGCCCUCACUCCAUCGCCUACAGAUGGUGUGACGGGAGACGUGUGUUCUGCUGGGGCAUACUGUCCACCUGGCUCUCCCUUACCUAUCCCCUGUCCUCCGGGAACUUACAGCAACGUGAGUGGGUUGAGAAGCCUCCAGGAGUGCUUAGACUGCCCGCCUGGCCUGUAUUGUGAUGGGACAAAUAACCAAGCUCCCUCGGGACCGUGUGAACCUGGCUACUUUUGUACAGGAGGUGCCAAAAGUGCUCUUCAGCAGGUGGUGAUGGAGGGACAUUAUUCCUUAACAGGAGCUUUCAAGCCAGAGCCAUGUCCUCUUGGCAGCUUCCAGCCCGGCCGUGGUCAGUCUCUUUGUAGGGACUGUCCAGAGGGUACAUUCUGCAAUGAGACAGGCCUGGCUGCACCCCAGGAUUGUCCCACAGGGCAUUUUUGCUUGGCUGGAAGUUCCUUGCCUCUCCCAUGUCCAGCGGGAACUUACACAGAUGUAGUCAGGGCAGGUUCAUGCAAGCCCUGCCCAGCAGGCAUGUACUGCAGCGUGGCUGGUCUGACUGAGCCAGAAGGACAUUGCCAGCCAGGAUAUUACUGCAUUCAAGGUUCCAGCAGCUCCUCACCUGUGGGUCUUCCGUUUGGAGAUCUGUGCCCACAAGGACAUUAUUGCCCUGCUGGCACGACACGCCCAAAAGAGAUGCCAUGCCCUGCUGGCACCUGGAAUGGACAGAGAGGAGCCCAGGAUGCCACUUGGUGUCUGCCUUGUGCCCCUGGAUUUUUCUGCAAUAUGUCUGGCCAAGAUGCUCCUGUAGGACUUUGUGCACAAGGGUAUUACUGCACAGGAAGGACGAAGACUGCAAAGCCAGAGGAUGGUAUCUCUGGAGAUCUCUGUCCUAGAGGACAUUUCUGCCCUGCAGGCUCGGCAGCACCUUCUCCCUGCCCCACUGGAGAAUACAGUAAUGCAGCAGGUCAAGACAAAUGCUCUCCUUGUCCUGCUGGGUUUCACUGUUCAAAAGGACUAAGACGUCGCUGUCCUCCUGGCUUCUAUUGCCCUCAGGAAACUGGAAUCAGUUUUUAUCCUUGUCCCCCUGGGACUUACAACCCCUCCUAUGGCCUCAGCCAGGCCGAGAGGUGUCAGGAGUGCCCUGCAGGAAUGUUCUGUGGAGAAUGGGGAUUAUCCUCUCCAAGUGGUCCUUGCUGGCCGGGAUUCUUCUGCAUGGGAGGAGCAAGUGUCCCAAACCCUGAUGGAGCCAUGAACACGAGCACUGGUGGCCCAUGCCCACCUGGACACUUCUGCCCAGCUGGCACAAGCAUCCCACAGCAGUGCCCUGUGGGCACUUACUCAGACAGACGUGUAGGCAUCGAUGGUCUACCUGCUGAACUUGCACACUUGCCAACAGAAAGCCUGCUUAUGUCCCUCACCAGGCUCUACAACUGGCAGGACUCCAGCUGCACAGCGUGUCCAUCUGGAUAUUACUGCAGCUCUGCUGGCCUCAUGGCACCCUCGGGACCCUGUUCAGCUGGGUACUACUGCCUGUCUGGAGCUUCCUCACCAUCGCCUUCUGGUAUGUGGGAGAAAGGAGGCCCUUGUCCUGUCAGCCACUUCUGCCCAGAAGGAACCAGCUUUCCCUUACCCUGCCUUGCAGGGACUUACAAUAACCUCACCAGACAAGCUGCAUGCUUCCCUUGUGCUGCAGGCUACUACUGCCCAGAAAAUACCACCAGCUACAAUAUGAAUCCUUGCCCAGCUGGCUUUUACUGCCCCAAAGGAACCAGGUUUGCUACUGAGUUUCCCUGUCCGCGGGGCUACUAUAAUCCCGAUCCCAUGACACAGAGCUUGGAUAGCUGCUUGCCAUGUCCACCUGGGCACUUCUGUGGGAAGGAGAACUUGACAGCUGCCUCAGGCAAGUGUGAUGCAGGCUGGUUUUGCAUCUCAGCUGCUUGGACCUCACGGCCUUUUGAUCUGGAUAACUAUACCAAUGCCAACUGCCUCUGUCCGGCCACUGCCACUGGAGGGAAGUGCAUCGCUGGUUUCUAUUGCCCCAAAGGAAGCCCAGAGCCUCUCCCUUGCCCUCCAGGGUUUUACUGCAAUGCCUCAGGUCUGUCUGUCCCCAGUGGGGAAUGUACUGCUGGGUUUUACUGUAAAGGUGAAGCAGCUCUCCCUAAACCAACAGAUGGUGUGACUGGGAAUAUCUGCCCUGUGGGGACUUACUGCACUGCAGCAUCAGCAGUACCCAGGCUCUGCCCAGCUGGCACAUUUUCCAGCCUUCCAGGAAGGAGAACGCUUUCCGAGUGCCAGCCUUGCCCCUCUGGCUUCUAUUGUGAAGUACCUGGCCUCAGUGCCCCAACUGGAGAGUGCUCGGAAGGCUAUUACUGUGACAGCCAGCAAGGGCCAGUUAUUGAUUUUACCCUUUACCCAUGCCCGCAAGGUUUUUAUUGCCCACCAGGGACGAACAGGAGCACUCAGUACAGGUGCCCUGCAGGAACCUUUGGACCAAGGCAAAAACUGAAAACUAUCAAGGAAUGUCAGAGAUGCCCACCAGGAAAAUACUGUGAAUUCUCUGGACUUGCUGCCCCAACAGGAGACUGUGCUGAGGGAUUCUGGUGCAAAAGCGGUGCUCGAGUAAGAAACCCCCAAGAUGGAGAAUCAGGACUUCCUUGUCCUCCUGGUCAUUAUUGUCCUGAAGGCGUACCACUUCCGUUACAGUGCCCUCCUGGCACGUGGUCUGGCAGUGAAGGCAGUAGGAGUUUGCAGGAAUGCCAGCCUUGCCCUGGGGGAUAUUACUGCAAUAGCUCUGGGCAGAGGGCCCCCUCGGGACACUGCAGCCCAGGGUACUACUGCAUCACUAGGGCCCAGACCCCAACACCCACUGAUGGCCUCUCAGGAGCUCCAUGUCCAGUCAGUCACUUUUGUCCUCUUGGAUCCAGGAGUCCAGCACCGUGCCCCCCUGGCUCCUACAUGCCUCACACCCGUGGAGAACAGUGCUAUGCUUGCCCAGUGGGUGAAUACUGUGUCUCUGGUGACAAGCCACAGCCAUGUCCCCAGGGGUAUUUCUGUCCCAAGGGCACAGCUCUUCCAAUUGCUUGUCCAGCAGGGUCCUAUAACCCUUCACAAAGGCAAGCCAGUUGCCUCCCCUGUCCUAAAGGAUUCUUCUGCCCCAAAAAUUCCUCUUCCUUUUUGGAGAAUGAAUGUUCAACUGGCCACUACUGCCCUACCGGUACUGCUUCUGCAACUCAGUUCCCAUGUCCUAAGGGGACUUACAACCCACAGUCUGGAAGCAGCCUGAUGUCUCACUGCACCCCCUGUGACCCAGGGCACUACUGUGUGCUUGCAGGGCAGUCGCAUGUUACAGGACCCUGUUUGGCUGGGUUCUACUGCAGCGGAGGUGUCUCUAGUCCAACACCUACAGAUGGUCUUCUGGGGAACACGUGCCCAAAGGGAACUUACUGUCCUCUGGGCUCUGCCUUUCCGCAGCCAUGUCCUCCUGGUUAUUAUAGCAACUCAACUGGGAAUACUGGGAUUGAGGACUGUCUCCUAUGUGAUGCAGGGUAUUUCUGCAAUGGAACUGGACUUGUGUCUCCAACUGGACUUUGUGAGGCUGGAUUCUACUGUAGUGGAGGAACCAUUUCUCCUAAACCUCCUAGGGUCACUAUUGCCCCAGGCAUACAGAAUUUGCCACACAGUAUCCUUGUCCCCCUGGAACCUACAGUGAAGCUUUAA